AUGACUUGGGAACACCUGAGCUUCCAGCGGGCCACCCUGGGGGUAAUCAAGGCCAGUCCAGUGACCAGUGAGUUGGUGAUGAUCAGCCUGGAUCUGGUGAAGAUCUGGCUGUUGGUGAUGAGCAUGGAGAGGCUGCAGAGGAUCAAGGACCAUCAGGCGGUCUCCGGGUCCAAAGCCAUGACCUGUGAGGGAACCAACGACAGCACCGUGAUGAGAGGACUGUCUUUGGAACCGGCCCAGACCGGGCACGGCAUCAAGGGGUUCCAAAUGGUGGUGCAUUUGUCGUGUUUGGCCACAGCCAAAGUUGCUCCCUACUUGCAAGGAGGAGAACGGGGGCAGCAAGUGGUACUGGAGGGAAACAGGCUGGUGCUGACCUGCCCAGCUGGAGGCAGCUGGCCUUUGCAGUACCGCUGGACUCUGAACAACACUAACAUCACAGACUGGACACCACAAUACAGGUUGUCUGUGCCAUCUCUGCAGAGGGCUGAUGCUGGCUUGUAUCAGUGCAUGGUGAGGAACAGGAUGGGGGCUGUAAUACACAGGAGAACAGAGGUACAAGUUGCCUUUUUGGGAAAUUUCACUUCUGGGGAGCAGAGAAAGACAGCGACUCAAGGCCGAGCCGUCAUCAUCAGCCCACCUCCGUUGGCUUCAUUUCCCCAACCCCUGGUCACAUGGUACAAAGACGGACAUAAGAUCAUCCCCAACAACCGAUUGUAAGUUGUUUUUAUCUAACUCCUUCCUUCC